AUGAGUGGACCAAUUAAAGUAGUAAAAACAAAAUUAUUUAUUGGUAAUCUUGAUCCAGCAACACAACCAGGUGAAUUAAGUGAAUGGUUUUCACCAUUUGGUACUGUACUUGAAGCAUCAGUAAUUAAAGAUUAUGGAUUUGUGCAUUAUGGUUCAAUAGAAGAAGCUGAAAAAGCAGUACUUGCGUUGAAUAAUAAAGAAUUUCAUGGUAAACGAUUACGUGUUGAACUUUCAACAAGUACAGUUCGGCAUCGACCAGGUCAACCGGAACCUGCUAGUGCUUUAAGACAUUCUCGUGCUCGUGCUGCAGGUAAAGGGAAUAGCAAUGGUCUUCCUCGAUAUAGUUCAGGUGCAUCAGUUGGUGGUGUUGGUCCAAUACGUCAUCAUAGUUCAUCUUGGGCUCGUAAUGAUAUUCGUCCUUAUGACAGUAUUCCAGUUGAUCAUAGUGUUUAUGAUCGAGCACGUCCUUAUAAUAUUCGAUCGGAUCCUCGUCGUUAUUAUGAAGAUGGACGUGAUAAUGGUUAUAGUACUGGUUAUGAUGCACCAGAUUAUGGCAGUAGUGUUGCUAGUGGACAAACAGAAGCGCAUCAUUAUCGUGAAAUACCUUCACAUGCUCGAGUAGAUGGUUAUGGUCCGAAUCGACCCUAUGAUCGUCAUCUAAGUACAGCAGCUGUUGAUCCAUAUUAUAGUGGUGCAGUAGUACCUCAAGGAGUUCCACCAGUAGGAGAUGCUUAUCAUAAUUAUGAUCCUUAUGAAAAAUAUUAUGCUAAUCGACCACGUGAUCCGGAAUUUCCUGGUCAACGUGAUUAUAAUCUUUAUUCAAAUUAUCGUAAUGAUCCAUAUACAACAGCUAAUAGUCAAGGACCAAUUCGACAUGAUUUACCUGUUGGUUUACAACAACCACAAGGAGUUUAUCCAUCAUCUCAUCGACAACAUCAAUCAUAUCCAAGUGGAUCAUAUAAUGUUGCUCAAUAUUAUGGUGCUCAACAACGUUAA